AUGUCCGGACAAUAUUCAGGACUGCAAGCUAGACUUAAAGAAAUAAAUCAAUAUGCAGAGUACAUCCCAUGUUCUGGACAUUCUUUAAAUCUAGUAGGUGUCAGAGCAGCAGAAUGCAAUUUACAAAUUACAUCAUUUUUUAGUCUUUUGCAGAAACUGUACGCAUUUUUCUCAUUAUCGACGUAUCGCUGGCAAAAGCUAGUAAAAUCUUUAAAAGAAAAAAAGAUUUUAGAGUCAUUAUCUGAUACGAGGUGGUCAGCACGUGCUGAUGCUGUAAGCACUAUACAUGACAGCCAUUCUGAAGUUUUGGAUACUCUUGACGAUACGUGGUAG